AUGCCCUACCUGGGGUCCACUGAAAGGCCACUCGCCACCGAUGGCACAAUUUUAAGAUCGCAGACCUCCCUGCGAGCUGAUUUCAUGAUUGACCGCAAGUCUAUAUCCAUCAUGGCUGUGAACCUGUCGACCAAGAGACUGGGACUAAUCCCAGUACCUGCCUUGAGGGAUCAGGAUUCGCACUAUGAUCCUCAGCGCACCACCGCAAAAUGGUAUUACCUCUGCCAACUAGGGUAUCCGAACGUGAACGGUUCGCUUGAGACGUAA